AUGACGCUGUACGUGGGCUGUGCAUGGCUUGCGGCCCCGCCCCCCUGCCACUCUUCCGUCUCGCACGUCGAGCAGCUGCUGCUGGAGCUGAAGGUCCAGGAGGGGAAGAACCAGCUGGCGCUGGAUGCGCUGAGACACCAGAUUGGGCUCAUGCAGGCUGCAGACAGGAGGCCCCCCUGCCACUCUUCCGUCUCGCACGUCGAGCAGCUGCUGCUGGAGCUGAAGGUCCAGGAGGGGAAGAACCAGCUGGCGCUGGAUGCGCUGAGACACCAGAUUGGGCUCAUGCAGGCUGCAGACAGGAGAAGCAGGCUGGAGCCAGGCAGCCGCACCCACGCAGCCGGGGCCACGGCGAAAGGCAGCGGGAAGGUCUCCUCCCGCCACAUCCCGUUCCCACUGCUCACCGGACCCCUCUCCUUGGAAAUAAGAGCCCUGCACCUGGCCUACGUGCAGAGCGGAGGCAGGGACCCCGCUAUUCUGGCCCAGCUGUACGACCUGCAGGUGGAGGCCUUGGCGCUGGAGGGGGCGGCCGGGCGGCAGGAGCGGAAGAAAAGGCACCAGUCGGCCGGCGCGGCUCCCCGGGGCCUGGAUGCGGAGCUGCUGGUCGUGGAGCUGGAGAACCAGCGGCUGGCGGACGAGCUCUUGGUGCUGAAGAUGCAGCGGGAUCGGAGGCGGGCGUACGACGGCCCUCUGGACAAAGAGCUGGAGGAGCAGCAGCGGGAGCACGCCCUGGAGACCGCGCAGCUGCACGCUGAGAUCGGGAGGCUGAGACGUGACACGGAGAGGAUGCAGGCACGCUGGGCUGGCAGGAGGUCGCCCCCCGUGCUCCCGCCGCCUGUGGCCCCACCACUACCACCAACUCUACCAACGCAGCAUGAGCUCCCCUUCAUGGACCGAGUGGGACCUCACAGCCCAGCUCUCGGCAGACACCUCCUGGACCCUCCCGACGCCCUGGGACCUGCUCCGUAUGACCCAGCGGCCGGCUUUGUGAUAUUCUACGACUUCCUGCUGGGCUUGGACCCUGCCUUCUUCCAGGUUUGCCUGGUGGCUGGACUGUACCGAAACGGGCAAGAGAUGGGCAAGCCAACCCCUCUUCCCAUUGCUUAUUGCCAGAUGGGCCGCUCCCCACCGCAUGUAAUAGACGGGCAGGGGGGGAACAGCGCGAUCCUAUCGGCCAAACAGCCCGUCCCAAGAGUCCGGCCCUCAGCCUCCAUGGCCCUGGUGAUGGAGCUGCAGGCUGCCGGGGGCUUCGACACCUACGGGCUGGAGAUCCAGCGCCUGGCCCCCUGGGGAUGGGCCACCAUCCACCUUUUCGACCAGCACCACCAGCUGAUCAGCGGGCGGUGGAAGGUUCCGGUGCGGAUGCUGCCAGUGCAGCCUGGCCUCACGCCGGAGCAGCUGAACGGGAUCCCUCAGGUGAGCAGGGCCGAGGCCGCGUUUCCCCGUCGCUGGGCCGUUCCCGCCUCGUCCUUCCAGGCUGCUUAG